GAGAGUCUGAGAAGCUCGCGAUGCGCUACCGCAAAUUCAAUUUGCAAGCCCUUCUGGAUACCUCUGUCAAAACUGCGCGCAAUGAUGAAAUAAGCUGUAUGUUGUUAUUUAAUGCAAAGUGUCUCGCUAAAUGUCAAGACAGGUGUGAAGCUACUUAAAUGUGUGGAAGGGCAAUUUAAUAAAGCAUUUCUCCUGACCAUGAGCAAUGGUCUGGAGGUCGUCGCUCGAUUGCCCAACCCAAACGCUGGACCAGCUUUCUACACAGUUGCAUCAGAAGUUGCGACACGCCAAUUUUUACGCGACAGAUUGGGCAUACCUAUUCCUCGCAUCUAUGAUUGGUCGGCCGAGGCAUGUAAUCCCGUAGGCGCUGAAUAUAUUCUCGAAGAAAAGGCUACCGGCCAGCCUCUUGGGAAUGUCUGGGCCAACCUCACUUUGGCUGCGCGAUUGGAUGUCGUGAACCAGGUCGUGGAAAUGGAAAAGAAAAUUGCGUCGAUAUCUUUCCCGAAACACGGUUGCAUAUACUACGAGACCGAUCUUAAAUCAAGAUCCUUAGAUUAUGAGCCCCUUUGCUCACGAAAGGCGACGGGUCAAAACGACCAACUGCCAGCGUUCGUAAUCGGACCUUCGGCUCAUCCAAAUUUCUGGGAACGUGAGAAAGCAGCAAUGGAUUUGGACAGAGGCCCAUGGGGGAGCGUCGCUGAUUACGCUGCGGCCCUUGGAAAGAACGAAAUUGAAUGGGCUACCUCUUAUGCGAGGCCAAGGAUCAAUUUCUAUCGAUCUAUGGAGACUCCAGAGACACCGAACGAUUAUAUCACCCUUAUCAAGGCCUUCUUGGCCCUGAGUCCAUAUUUGGCCGCUUCGUCAAAUAUCAAGCAGCCCAACAGGAUUUUUCAUCCAGACCUGCACCUUGACAACGUAUUCGUCGACCCAGGGACUAACCGGAUCACUUCCAUAAUAGACUGGCAACAGACUUCUGUUUGUCCGAUAUCUCUGCAACGGUCUUGUCCACAGAUGCUUGAACUAUCUGUUACACCACAUUCAAGCCAAAGCAGGCAUGAGAAGAAGCUUUUGGAUCAUUACUACAAUGUGGUCAAGGAAACGGAUCCUCUCCGGUGGGAAGUUCUUACAGAUCCCCUACUCACGGUCAAGACAAAUCCAUUCUCUUUAGUCCCUGGAUGCUGGCACCGAGAGGACUUAUUCUCGCUACGCAAUGCAUUGAUCACAGUUGUCGCCCGUUGGAGUGACAUGGGAUAUAGUGAAACAUCAUGCCCAGUUCAUUUCAGCAAAGAAGAGCUGAUACGACACCAGGAUGAGAUGAGCCUUGUUGAGGGGAUUUCAGCAGUUCUCCACGAGCUGCAAGACACAGGGCUUAUUCCAUUGGGCGGUAUGGUACGCCGAGAGUAUUAUGAGCGUGCCGUGGAGUUGAAUAAUCUUUUUCAACGCGAGUUUAUUGAUUUAGCUGAGAAUGAGCGCCAACGGGAACUACACACAAAAGUAUGGCCAUACCAAUAGAAAUGCGGGUUUGUACGCCUAGAAAUUAAGGAGACA